AUGGGAGUUCGGAUCGUCUCCGGCGCGAUCUACGCAUCGGAGCCGAGCUUUAUGGUCGAUGUCGGCAUCUUUGUUGCCAGCUCGACUGGUCACCUCGGCUGGAUCGAGGACUGCGCCCCAUGGGAGGUCCAGUACAAUCGUGUCCGUCUUCCCCGAUCCGCCUCUCCGGCGCGCCAACUUCCUCGUAGCUGCCAGUCCCCCGCCUUCUCCGCGCGCACCACCCAAAAUUCUCCCGACCCAACAACCUCCAACGCUCUCGACCGCCCCCUCUUCCUCUUCCUCCUCCCAGCCUCCCGAUCGCUCCAGUGCGCCAUGAGCGAGGCACCCGCGACGACCGCCGCCGCCGGAGACGACCCUGACGCCACCGCCACCGCCAAUCAGCAGCAGCAGCAGCAGGCGCAGGCGCAGGCGCAGCCCGAGACGCAGGACGACGCGGACCAGCUGUCGGAGUUGCGGCAGAUCUUCCGGUCCUUCGACCGCAACAAGGACGGCAGCCUGACGCAGCUGGAGCUGGGCUCCCUCCUCCGCUCCCUCGGCCUCAAGCCCAGCACCGACGAGCUCGACGCCCUCAUCCACCGCGCCGACACCAACUCCAACGGCCUCGUCGAGUUCUCCGAGUUCGUCGCCCUCGUCUCCCCCGAACUCCUCGACGACCGUUCCCCCUACUCCGAGGACCAGCUCCGCAGGCUCUUCGAGAUCUUCGACCGCGACGGCAACGGCUUCAUCACCGCCGCCGAGCUCGCGCACUCCAUGGCCAAGCUCGGCCACGCGCUCACCGCCAAGGAGCUCACCGGAAUGAUCGAGGAGGCCGACACUGACGGCGACGGCCGGAUCAACUUCCGUGAGUUCUCCCGCGCCAUCACCGCCGCCGCCUUCGACAACGUCUUCUCCUGACCGAGCCGUCGACCUGAGAGAGGCCCGACCAUCCAUCGCCUUCAACCUCCGUGCGGAUUCGAUCCAUGUCGCGCGUCAUCAUUGAUCGCGCUCUGUUGGUGUCCGUGCUUCUCUCGAUCGUUUGUGUUCUUGUCCGGGGACGGGGAGGUCAGUGAUCAGAUAAUUUUUAGGCUGCAGGUGUUGGUGAGAUGAGCUGUUGUCUGUUAUGAAUAACAAACAGAUUGAACAAACCCAGAAUGACAGUGGCAAGAUUACUUUAGGGGUCAAGGAAUGAAUUAUCCAUGCAAAAUGCACAUUGUGUUUGCUGAUUAAUUUGCUCCCGUCAAUCGAUCGUCCUAAAUCUCGCAAGAUGGUCAUCUGAUGCUCACAUAAAUCAAGUGUUCGACAUUAUUAA